AUGAAGGCGGCGCUGCAAUUGCUCGUGAGCUACGCGGCUGUGUUGGCGUCGAUGGCGUCGGGUGCUCGCCACGAGGACGCGUUGGUCAAGGAUCUGCCAGGUCUGACGCGGGAGCUGUCGUUCAAGCAUUACGCCGGCCACUUGCAGCUCAAGGAGGAGGAGAAACUCUUCUACUGGUACACUGAAAGCCAAAGCGACCCGGAGAACGACCCGAUCGUGCUGUGGCUCAACGGCGGCCCGGGAUGCUCGUCCCUGGGCGGGUUGUUUACCGAGAACGGCCCGUUUGUCGUACGUGACGAUCUGAGUAUCAAGGUGAAUCGCUACUCGUGGAACCGCAAGGCCAACAUGGUGUGGCUCGAAUCCCCCGCCGGGGUGGGCUUCAGUGGCGACGUGGAAGGACCAAACUACUACAACGACGACGUCGUCGCGGUUAAGACACGCGAGUUCCUUAAUCUCUUCUUCAACAAGUUCAGCGAACUCAAGAACCGCGAGUUCUACAUCACCGGUGAGAGCUACGCUGGCAUGUACAUUCCGUAUCUGGUGGAUCGGUUGGUGGAGGAGCCGAUCGAAGGCGUCAACCUUAAAGGAUUCGCUAUUGGCAACCCGUUCACCGACAAUAUCAUUGAUGGUAAUGCCUACAUCGACUACUACUACUCGCACGCAAUGGUGUCGCUGGAAGCCUAUGAGAAGAUCAAGGUGCAGUGCGGUGCUCACAUCGGCUGCCUGUUCGACGACACGCCGUGUCCCUCCGGCUGUGAGGCGUUGCUACAAGAGGCGGAGGUCGGAGCUGGUGGCCUCGACCCAUACUUCAUCUACGGUGACAUCUGCCUCAUGGACAAUACUCAGGCCAAGGCUCUGCGUAAGAGAGCGAAGCCGUCGGUGCAAAUCUCGCCCACACACCGUGGUGACAUUGGAGCCUGUGCUGACACUCUCACGCACAUCUAUCUGAACAUGCCGGAAGUACAGCAUGCGAUCCACGUGACUAAAAGCACAGGCGGUAAACUUGUUCAGUGGAAGGGAUGCAGUGACCCCGUUGGUGAUCUGUACACGUCCAGUCCGUCGUCGCUACCCAAAUACCACAACAUCCUGGGCCACAACCUUAAGGCUCUUAUCUAUAGUGGCGACGCUGACUCGGUCGUGAACUUUAUCGGCACGGAGCGAUGGAUCGGCGGUCAAGGACUCAAGCUGAAGAUCACUCAGAAGUGGCGCGCAUGGUUCGGCCCCGACCAGCAACUGGCAGGUUAUGUGCAGAAGUAUGAAGGUCUGACAUUCAAGACAGUCAAGGGAGCUGGGCACAUGGUGCCGGCAGUGCGUCCGCUGCACGGGCUCAACCUCUUCGAGUGCUUCGUGUACGGCCAGGACGCCUGCAACAAGUUCGUGUACCCAGUGGACGACAACGAGAUCGAGGCUGGUCUGACCGUCGUUCAGCAGGCGGCGAAUGAGAACAUGGACAUCGACGAUGUCAAGGCUGCCAAAAGGAACGUCAUUCCGCACGAGUCUGACUCAUCGGCAAUCUGGUUGAUCUUGCCAGUAGCGUGUGCUGUUCUGGUGGCGGCUGCUGCCGUUGGCAUCCGCAAUGGAAAGAAGCGUUCGCGCUACCAGCGUCUAUACUCCAACGGCUAUCAGACCGUGGUAUAA